CUUAUCUUCUUAGUUAGUCCCGAUUUUGUAUUCAGCAGCUUCGUUUUACGACAUAAGUUUUGUUAUUGUUUGAACUUUGACCGACCGAUAUAUGGCAAGGGCACCUGUUUGGUCGGGUUUAGUCUGCUCUUGAAACUUUCACGCUUUAAAGGCAGAGUUUACUUGAUUUGCAGACAUUUGUAUUCUCUUGACACAGAGCACACGACAGUUACACUUACAAUAACCGGUUUUUAUAACCACCAGACCAAAAUGUCGCAAACAGGAAAGACAGGGACGGUCCAUCACACGCCACAAUUCUUCCCUGUUCCUAAGAUAAUCAAUGGAGCCAUAGCUGGUAUAGUUGGUGUAACAUGUGUGUUCCCUAUAGACCUGGUCAAAACCCGUCUCCAGAACCAACAGCCAAUGCCAAAUGGAGAACUGUACUACAAAAGCUUGUUUGAUUGUGCCAAAAAAACGUUCAAAAAUGAGAGAUUUCUUGGAAUGUAUAGAGGCUCUGCUGUAAACUUAUUGCUGAUUACUCCAGAGAAAGCCAUUAAGCUGGUUGUGAAUGAUUAUCUACGAUACAAAUUCACUGACAAAAAGACUGGUGUUCUGUCCAGUGGGGGUGCCAUAGUUUCUGGAGCGGGGGCGGGGCUGUGUCAGAUCAUUGUGACCACCCCCAUGGAGCUUCUCAAGAUCCAACAGCAGGAUGCAGGCAGAAGUGGAGCUGCCAAGUCCGAGCGAAUCACCGCCACUGGUACAGCCCUAAAGUUGAUUCGGGAGAAGGGAAUUGUGGGUAUAUACAAAGGCUUCCGUGCCACGGCUCUGCGAGACGUCACUUUCUCCGCUAUUUACUUCCCUUUGUUUGCCAUUUUUAAUGAGAGGCUAAUUUCUGCUGAUGUUACUGGACUAGCGAAGGGGGAGAACCAGCCUGUGUUUAUAUACUCACUGUGUGCGGGUAUAGCGGCAGGCGCCAUAGCAUCUCUGUCCGUCAAUCCAGUGGAUGUGGUAAAAACUCGACUCCAGACUCUGAAGAAAGCCGAAGGGGAGCUCUCAUACUCAGGAAUUGCAGACUGUUUCACUAAAGUGUACACAAAAGAAGGAUGGAGGGCUUUCUUCAAGGGCGGCUUCUGCAGAAUUUUAGUCAUUGCCCCCCUGUUUGGGAUUGCUCAAGGCGUCUACUUCCUGGGCAUAGGCGAGCAUAUAGUAGGAUUUUUCUCCAAGAAGUAACUACGUGUCUCGGGUUAGUUUUAAAUUUUCAAGAUUCCAACCAAGUCUGAAUUGUCAAUUUAACUGUGAUAUUGAAGAUUGAUUGUUCAGGAAUUUACAGUGUACCAGUAUGGGAAAUAUAGCGAAAAACUGUUGAUUAUUGGCAUUUCCGUUAUAAAGUGGAUAAACCCACAUUGUUUAUUAUCUACCAUUUUCUGAUUUCAUUGAUAUGGAGAAAGAAUUUUUUUUAUGCAUUUCCGUCAGUUGAAAAAUAGUCCUUCAUGUAUUUCUAUUGAAUGAGAAAUUGUCAAGUGCUGAGUUGUUCAAUUUCUGGUACCAAAUGAUGAUUAUAUAGAUGUUUCUAAAAUGUGAUUUAAUGGGAGUUGGAUUAUUUAUUUAUUACAUGUACAUGUACUAAUGCAAUCAGAAACUACAUAUGUAGUAACACUGAAUUCAAGACACUACAAUCAUUCCCUCUGGUGAACUUAAAGUUCAAGGUUCAUACCCAAAGCCUGAUCAUGUGUAUGGUUUCAGUUUGUAAAAUGUUGGGUCAAGGAAGGAUCCUCAUCAGCAAAAAGAAUUGUUUUUCUUUCAGAUGCCGUGUAAUAUUUAGAAAUAUUAGUUUUCAUCACUUAGUCUAACUGAUGUAUUUAUGAAUCUCAUCUCAAUUCAUGUAGAUGUGUUCAAAAUUUGUUUUGUUUUUGUUUUUCUUUUAAUGAUAAAUUCAUAAUUUUUAAUAGUUUUAUUUAUAUACAUAAUUAAUUCAAGGUUUUAAAGAAGAUAACAUGGAAUUGAUACAUCUAUCACACAGCACUAGAUUUCCCACAUUGUUUGAUACUUUUUUUUUUUGUAUUGAAAGCUUCAACUGCUUUUGCAAGUCAACAGGUUUUUCCUUUAAAAUGUUAGUAAAUGUUCUGUAAUUAGAUGAAAUUUGAGGUGCAAUAAAAAAUCAGUAGAAAUGUUCUGGUGAGAGAGAGUCUUUGGAAUAAUGCUUCCAUUAAAUAUGAAAACCAUGAUAUUGUCAGAGAAAACCUUCGUUGUUUGAUGUACUUUCAUGUUGGUAUCUGUUUGUAAGCUAAUUUUUUUUUCAGUUUUAGAAUGAUUUAGUUGUAAAAUUUUAUAAGUUAAUUUUUUUUUGUACAACAAUUCCUCUUUUCUAUCUUGGUUGUUUUUAUCAUGUAUAUAUACAUGUAUUAGCCAGCUACCUUGCUUGUAUGUAUUUGAAUGAUGUGAAAUAUGGAGUUUAAUUUUGGUGAUAAAAUAGAUGAUAGAUCCAAUAUAUUUAUUGGUUUAUUUUUCUUUUGCCAUACAAAUAGGGAUUUUUUAAAACUAUAAAUGUAUUUGUUUUUUAUUUCAUCCUGAAAAAUAAAUGAGAAAUUCUA